CAAACACAACCAACCUCACAGGAAGACCAUCGACGUCGACCAGUAUGCCUGGUGUACACCCGUCUAUACAGGCUCGUUCUCCAGAUUCUGGAGGAUGGCCUGUGUCGUGCGCCGCAACAAGAACACCGUUGAUUUCCUGUUCCUUGGAUAAGCAAAUCAUGUUUACGCGCGUGAGUUGGAGAGUUCGAGUCGAAAGAAGCACCCCCACUGUUUAUCAGAGUAAGUGUGUGGUGGAUGCCAUCGGGGGAUAG